UUCGUGUACAAUCCCACGACAAACGGUCAUACUAUUGUUUUCAGACCAAUAAUUUACCAUAAAAAUGCAUUUAAAUAAAUAUAGUGAGCUGCAGCAGCGUCUUGAGAACGAGGAAUUCGAGCAAGUCGAAUUGGGAGCUGAUGUCUACCAGCAGUUACUGGCAAUUUAUCUGUACCAAAACAAACUUGCCGAUGCCAAGCUGCUGUGGAUGAGAAUCCCAAAUAAAUUAAAGGAGGACAAAGAACUGAUUCAGCUGAACCUGCUCAAUGUUGCCCUGCAAAACAAUAACUAUGCCGAUUUCUUCAGGAACAUCAAGUACGAAUGGUCCGAGAGAGUUAAAGCACCCGUGGAGGAUCUCUUAAUCAAACAACGCGAAGAGCUGUUCAAGCUGAUGGGCAGCGCCUAUGUGUCCAUCUACCAGCACAAUGUCCUGGAAUUGUCCCUAAUGUCAGACGAGGAGCUGAAGAACGCCUGUGCUGCCUUAAACUGGACUGAGGAACUGGACGGCGACCGGGUGAUCCUGAAGCCCAAGGUCCAGGAAGCGCCGCCCAGUCGCGGAAACGAUGAUCAAUUGCUCAAGUUAACCGAGUUUGUAACCUUCCUAGAGAACUAAGUUUCAAUAAAGUUUUUCUAAUAUAAA